AUGGCAGAAGUGACACAGCGACUUGCUGCUUGCGUUGACGAUGUCGCUGUCGCGACGGAACUACAUGCAGCUCUACGAGACUUGGCCAGUAUUGAAGAUCAUAAAGCAGCGCUGGAUGAUGUGGUGGCAUUUGUAACGGCGUCAGAAAAUCGGUGGAUUACUGUCACGCAGACGUUUAUUUCGGACUACAGAGGAGAUACAUCAGAGAACGAGAUAAAAUUAAAGCUGCUUGAUGCUCUGUUGGUCUGGAUAGUGCAGGAGAAAGUGCAAAAGAACCACAAGAUUCUUGGCAUAUUGCUACAGUUUUUUCAGCUUGCAAUACGUCGUCUAGGCGGUGCUGGAGACAUGAGAAGAUGGCUCAAAUGGGGAGACCACGUGUUGGAUUUGGUGUACCAGACCGCAGCUUUGUUGAAGAAUCAGGAGUCUUUAGAAGCUGAAGAUGAAGCUCGAGAAGACUUUGAAGGAUUGAGAUGCUAUGUGGUGAAGAUUGCAACGUUGCUGAUGCAAUUACGCAAUAAAAUUGAGGGAGAUAACGACGUCAAGCCGGACUUGAAGACAAUGACGUUCAUCUGGAAGAACUUAGCAAAAUUGGCGACAGCCUUUGGUCCGACAUUAGCAAGUGUUGUUGCUGAAAAAAAUGACGCAAAUUCAUUUAGUGUAAAUGAAGUGAUGGUUGCUGUGAUGGUAUCGGUGGAAUGCAGUGCUGGGCAGCUGUUGCGUGUACUGGAUGGGAAUAUCGCCCAUGUGUCGGAAGUUGGCGUAUUGAAGUUUGUAAAACUAUACUGGCGGGCGUUCCAGCGAUUAAUCGUCGCUUUUACUGAUAUGUUGGAGUGUGAGCUGGAAAAUUGCGUCUUGGUUAUUGUAAAUGUGACCGCGACUUUUCUGUACGCCGCACAGCACAGUCAGAUCCCAGAGUCAUCAAAAACAGGGUAUGAGUUGCGUGCUUUGCUUGAUCAAGCCGUAGAAAUUGCCGUGAAGCUGGCGCGUAAUACACAAGGUGCGACAAGUUGUCAAACGAGAGCAAGUAUUCGUACAUUAUUAUGGCAUCCUGCGGCUGAAAUGGUGCGUGCAGUGGGUCAACGUCAGCCGUCAGAUAUGACGACUACAGAUGUUGACAGUUCAAUUCAAUGGAGUCACCUGCUUAUCCUUACUGCCUUUGCAGCUUCAGAGAGCAACAUUGAUGGCGAUACAGUAUAUACCGAUUUCAAUCGAGCUAUAGAAGUCUCACCGCUGUUUCAACGAUACCGAGAGUGUGCACUGACUGAUUUACACUCCCGCUUGAUCGAAGUAACAGAGCUGUUUAUGGAUCUGAUGCUAGGGUACUUUUUGAAUUUUGAAGAUAUUGCCGAGUUGCAGCUCACGCUUUUGAAACAAACGCUGUAUCCAGACUGGAUGCAGCGUACGUUGUGCUGGGAGAUCUGGCGAGAACUUUUGUGCUUCUGUUGGGACGAAGUGCUCGCCGUGCAAGCCCUCCAGAUGCUAGUUGAUAUUACCCAGUGGGACGAUAGUAGUUCUGAUAAGUCGUUUGUGCUUGCGAGUGGAGUGAUAGACGAAGUUCUUCAGUUAAUUGCUUUCGUCUACACUGAUAUGCCACUACCGCUUCAGGAUGUGUGCAUGGACCAAGUGACUGCAGUUAUCGAUGUGAUCAGUAGUAAAGGCCCAGGCCAUCACUUUAAUCAGCGUGUUGCGUCACAGUUGCAUUUGCUAGAGAAGCUGGUUGGCGUUCGUUUCCUGCAUUCGUACAAUGGACUGAUGAAGGAUGAGUGGGUUGCCAGGUAUCUUCCGAUAUGCUUUGAAUGUUGUGGUACAAUCCUCGAUCUUCUGUCAUCCGAAGAAGCCUCUACAACGAAUCAUGGCGGUGUUCUCAAAAUGAUACGCGUGCUUGACAUGUGUCUCCUCGUGUUGAGAGGCGUGUUUGACGACAGCGAGCCACGACAAGAUGGCAUCGCAGAACUUUCGGUCAUUUUAGUUCGCAUGUCAACUGAGGCAUUAUCACAGCUUGCGAAACACUGCAAGCAGACAGGGGGCUUGCAAGUCGCUGCAAAUGGUCUUCGGCCGUUGACAAACCGUACCAAUAGAAGCUUAGCCCUGGAAAAGGCUGGAUCGCGCUGCAUUGGACGGGCUGUUGAAACAUCAUUGUAUAUACUGACAAAACUUGGACCUGUACUCAAGUCUAACAAGAAUAAUCAGUGCGUGCAAGUGAUGAAAGAUCUGCUCGCGAUUAUUGAUAGUGCACAAAUUUUGGAACAGGAUGGUGCCCUGAGCGAUACACCGAUCAUUACGGCACGAUUCGUGAGCGCUACAUUAUUUGACCUGCAAGUAGCUGGUAGCGACACGGCUGUUGUCUGGCAACUGGUGCUCGCUCUGUUUCAAAAGCUUUUUGCUACUACCCGGCAUCAGACGACUCAAGCGACACUACUGCUAUCAGUGAUCCUCGAUGCCUUGUACAAGUUCAUUGCUCACUCAAACGUUGUCGAACUGCCGGGUGUAGCCCUAAGAACACUUCUAGCGAACGAGUUCCAGCCGUUUAGACAGAGUGUGUCAAUGCGGAAGCUUGUCCCGGAUGGUGUAGCGAAGGCUUUGGAGACAGCUCAAUCUAGUACGUUGCAGUCGCUAAAGCAGAGUCAGAAUUCUCAGUACCGUGCCUUUAGAGAUCGGUUUCCUGAUGAGCCAGCAGAAAUGUAUGCAGAAUCUGAUCAAUUCGGUAAGAAUGUAUCGGUAACACCAACCAAACGGUCAGCAGACAACUCGGAAGCCCUGCCACAAAAGCGUCACAAAAUCACUCAUUUCGUCUCGCUGUGUCGAGAAGUUCAGUCCUUGCUCUCGUCUAUGGAGGAUGACAAAAUUGCUGCGAAGAUCUUGUCUGGCAAGGAGCUGGAAGACGCCACCACAGUGCUUCACAAACUACUCGCCAAAACUAUUACAUUAUGCCCAUGA